AAUAUGCAGGAGGGCCCGGAGCUUCCGCAGUGAUGGCCGGCCUGGCGCUGGCCUUCCGCCGUCUGGGCGCUCUGUCGGGGGCCGGGGCGCUGGGGCUGGCCACCUACGGGGCGCACGGUUUCGACUUGCGCUCUCCGGACGAAUACCGGAGGGAGCUCUUCGACAAAGCCAACAAGCACCACUUCCUGCACAGCCUGGCACUCCUGUCUGUCCCCCUCUGCCGCAAGCCCCUCUUGGCCGGCUCGCUGCUCGGCUCUGGAAUGAUCCUGUUCUGCACCAGCUUCUACUACCAUGCCAUUAGCGGGGACCCCUGCCUCGUGAAGAUGGCCCCCGUUGGGGGCUCCCUCCUCCUGCUGGGCUGGCUGUCCAUGGCCCUCUGAGCCCCCCUCCCCUCAGCACCUGGAGGAAGGCGGGGGCCGGGGCGGGGGGCUGGAGGAAGCAGCUCCGGCCCCGUCGAUAAACCUUCCCCCAGACUCACGACUGGCAAGUUUAUUCAGUGCAGGAGGAGGAUUCCGAGCCACCCAGCUCCACUUUUAGCCCACCUGGGCUACUCACUUCCGAAAGACGGCAAGAAUUGGGACCAGGCCCCGCAGACACGGAGAACCGGAAACCUAUCUUUCCUGUCUGCGCUGUGGGCAGGGAAUGUGUCUGUUACAUUAUCUUGUACUCUCCCAAGCGCUCGGUACAGUGCUCUGCACACUGUAAGCGCUCGAUAAAUCCGAUUGAAUUCAUGAAUGAACGGGAGACCGGCCGAAGCCAGGCGGAAGGGGCAAAGAGGGCUUGGGUUGCCGGAGGUCGUCAAGGUUCAUGCCUGGUACAUAAGGAAGCGCUUAAUAAAUACAAUAAUAAUAAUGA